AUGCGGCACCCACCGGUCGCAGUUGAGAAUUGCACUCCGCAUGCGGCGCGCGCGAGCUCAGAGCCAUCUCUCUGCGGCACCAGAACGCCGCGGCGCCCGCCGAGUUGUCCAAUUUGCCUCGACGACUUAUUGUCGCAGUCGGUCUUUACAGCCGAGUGCGGCCACGCCUUUCACUUUGCCUGCCUCCUCGAAAACAUCAACCACGAUUUGGCCAAUGCGACCAAGUGCCCCGUUUGCCGCAAGGUGCAAGCGCAGUGGCCCUUGCCCACACGCGGGCUCGCCAACGCCCACCCGUUCUGCACCCACUGCGGCACGCGAGGGGUCGGCGAUCCGUGGUGCCAUCACUGCGGGUACUCGCUCGCCGACACACCUCGGGCGCGGGCGCGAAGCCAACCAUGGGAGCCGGACGACGUCGCGCUGCAGUGCUACAUGUGCCACGUACACUUUCUCGUGAGUACGCGCGCUCGAGGUCGCGUGGAGUGCCCCAACGGACACGUCUUUGCCCUCGUGGCGCCCGUAGUUCCAAGUACUAGUACGAGUAGCACGGCGGAGAGUCGCCCCCGCGCCACGUCGGCUGCCACCGUGCACUGCACCAUGUGCCGCACCGACGUCAAGAUUCCACCCGGGAGUCCGGCGGGGCAGUACGCUUGUCCACGCCAGCACGCCUUUUACUACAAGCCACAAGGCCGCGAGUAGCCCACGCUGCAGCGGUACGGCACCGCCAC